UCUGACUGUAUUUAUUGUGAAUUACUACUAGUAGUAGGUACACGAUGUUUACCUACAAAAGUAAAUAUUCGUGAAUUUUGUGUUCAUCGCCACGAUCCGUCAAUGUAACCUCAUUGGUUGACGAAUCAUAACCCCCGGUAGCAAUACCCGGUAGGGAUAAGAUAGAGCCAGGGCUCGCCAUCAUAGCGUCAAUUCUUCAAACAAAUAAAUGCCCCCCCCUCUUCUCACCUUCCCUCGUUCGCCUUUUUUGCUUGAGAAGCUAUCGUGCUUGUAACAUCAAUCACUACCGCAGCCAUGGCAGAUACUCGAGUACUGCGGAUCGUUACCGCCGUGACGUUCAUUCCCGCAUUUCCCCUCUGCGUCGCACAUGGCGCUAUCUCCAAGAAUCCUCUCCCCGCUGUCGGCUUGGUCCCGCUCGCAUUCUCUGCCGGCGUAGGCAUCCUCCUCGCCUCGAGACAAUCCGCGAAGCAGCGACAGCAGCCACCACCACCCGAGCCAGAGCAACUAGUAGAUGGUGGUGAAGAGGGGCUGCGACAAGAACCGGAAAAUACACAGUCGCCGUGGCAGACACCCGAUGUGUCGCCGCCGACGCGGACCCAGAACCGCUCUCUCCUCGUAUUUGCGGUUGACACAGUCCUCGCGGCCGCACUGAUGGUGGUUUUGGUCCUCACAUGGAUCAAUUCGAGCCAAGGCCGCAUACGGUCGGCCACUGCAGUGAUGCUAGCCUCAUAUGCGACGAUGCCAUUGCUGCUUAAUUUUUUUAUCCAUCUCUACCUAGCGGUACGCGAACUCUCCCGCGGCCUCGCGAUCCCGGGGCUGACGCAGUACCUCGCGUGGCAGGCCGUGCCCCCCGACUGCCCGGACUGCGGGCGCCGGCUGCGGCCCGCGGCGCGCCCCGCGAUGCCCUGGGUCGACGAGACCUCGUUCCCCCGACCCAACUUGCAGAACGUGAAGCUGAAGAUGAAGAUGCCCGCCCUACCCAAGGUGCCGCCGACGUGGUGGGGCAGACCGACCGCGCCGAAAUGGAGGACGCCGGCGUGGUUCAAGGGUCCCCGACACGGAUACGCGCCCUUGUUUGCGAGAGAUGACGUUGACGAGGAGGAGGAGGACCAGGAGGAAGCGUCCCCCGUGCUGUAUAGAGAUGGCUCUGAGGUUGAGGGGGGCCCGUCGGCGAGUGUGGAGGAACCGCCCGAGACGCCGAUCGAACCCGAGGUCGUGGAGAUUGUGGGGAAGAAGAGUAAGAGGAUUGGGAGAAUCUCGAGCUUGUCGCCGUCGCCGUGAUCUUAGGUGUUUAAUCUGAGAACCCAAAUACCCUUGUUUUUCUUUUCUUUCCUUUUUUUUUUUUUUUUUUCAGAUUGGCUGAUUUGUUUGUCUUUUCCAACUGGCAAUGUCCUUUUUUCUUGUUUUUUCACGCUAGAUACCCGGUUGUGAGUUGAUGUUCAAGAUUGGGUUAUGGCCGACGUUAUUGAGACGGAGAGGAGGC